AUGGCGCCCAUAAUAGUGCUUGGCAAGUUAACGGUUUGGAAAGACCCUCUUAAGAUACUUCGCUCAUCACCAUCCAACUUCAUUUUGGUCUCCAUGGCUCUCGCUGAUCUGUCAGUCGGCUUGGUGGUUUGUCCAAUCACCGCGUAUUGGGGCUGGGUAAGAUUUGAGAAAAAAACAGCGCCUUUUGGUCUUUCCGUUAUUUUUGCCAUAAACGUUUUCUCUGUGAAUGUGAGCGUCGGUCACAUGUUGCUGUUGGCAGUGGAUAGACUUUUCGCCGUGGUAACUCCGCUCGAGUAUCGUUUUAAAAUAACGAAAAAAAGAUACUCGUCGCUUGUUGUGUUUGCUGGAUGUACUUCGUGGCGUUCGGGUGUUCAUUUCUGA